UAUAUAUAUAUAUAUAUAGAAAAAAUAAGCAAAGGAACAAAGAAGAAAGUUAAAGUUAACAGCGAAACAAUGUCAAAUACGUCGAGUUUGAGCAGCUAUGACAGUGGCAAAAAUCUGCGACAUUCUGCAACCGAUGCAACCGAUGAUUAUCCGAAAUCCAUUGAGCUGCUGCGGCUACGCUCGCAAAAGCUGGCGGUGCGAUUGCAACAGACGCAACUGGAGAUGACAGCGAGGCAGCAGCAGCAACAGCGCAACUCCGAGCAAUCGUUGGCUAUGCUGAUGGGUGUUCCCCUGCCGGCAGCUGCUCCAGCAGCUACUGCAACUGCUGCAAAAACAACAACAACAAUCACUGCCGCCACCCAGAAUAAUAAUCAUGCUUACUCCCUGCCAGCCCCUCAGCGUUUGCCCAUGCAACCAGCCGUACUGCCAAUUCAAGUGCAACUCCAACUUGCAGCACUAACAAAAACUACAGAGUCAGUGGCUGCCUUACAGGCUCCAGCUGUGCCGGGGGUGAGAGCGAAGCGCAAGUCGCGCUCAAACCUCAAAGCGGAGGUGGACGCGCUCAAGGAUCUAAUCAAAAAGUUAACAGUCUCCAAUCCGGGAGUUAAAGCCCAUGCCCAGCAGUUGAUCAGUCAGAGCGAGGUGCUUUGCCAGCUGGAUGGGCUGCUCCCGAAACCAAGCAAUGGCUGUGCGCGCGCCCCAGCUGCAGCUCCUGCCACAGAUCCUAACUAUCGCCAGCAGCUACAGACGCAAGCCAAGCUGCAAAAACAGCAGCAGCAGCGCCCUGCUCGUCGUGAAUCCGAGUUGUCCAGCGCGAGCAGCACCAGUGAGGCAGGCGCCGGAGCAACAUCAUCAUCAGCUCAGCAGGACGAAAACAACUUGACGCAACGCAAGCGCAAUCGCAAACGCCGCAAUGGCAAGAAUUUGACAACUUCCCAGAUCAGCGAACUGGACGCAAUGCGUGUUUACAUCAAUCGGAUUGUGCAGCAGUAUGUUGGCGGCGAGGAGCAUUCGUUGACGCCUGAGCUGCGCUUUGAGGGUGACUUUGGCGACUUGGAGUCGCAUGCCAGGCGACUCGUUUCCGCCGGCUAUGGGCGGAUUGUGGAGGCUGAGAUUCGUGUGAAUCGCAAGAACAAUCGACAGGCAUUCAUCACGAUGUCAACGGAUCGAGAGGCACUCGAUCAGGAUGGCAUGGUCAUGUUGCCGGUGGCACGUCGCUAUGCCUUCGAGGGUGAUAUUGUCCGUGCCUUUGUCCUCAACGCAGGUGCAGUUGUCACCAAGGCAAGCGAACCGCGUGCAGGACGCAUUAUUGGUGGCAAGCCAUCGAUUUCGUUGGGUGACAACGAGGAGCUCUCGGAGGAGGAGUCCGAGUCACCAGAUACCGAAGAUGACAAUGUGGCUGUUAUUGCAUCCGAUAACUGCCCCAAGGCCUUCGUCAUAGCGAUAAUUAAGCAGACGGAGCUGCGUCAGAUCGUUGGCAGCAUCUCGUUCACGAAUCCCACCAAGCUCGGCGACGAUGAACUCUUCUAUAAAUUUCGACCCUUUGAUUUGCGUAUGCCAAUGGUUUAUAUAGCGCAGGCCAGUUGUGCCAUUCACAUUGGCGAUCGGAAGUCGGAUGAGGUGUGUGGAUUGUUGUAUGUGGCACACAUUCUCGAAACGGAUGCGAAUGGACAUUGCAUAGCGGAUUUGGUGCAACCGGUGGGCCGUGUGGGUAACUUAGAGGAUGAACUCAAGGCGAUACUCUUUCACAAUAAUCUCCGGGAUGUGGUGCCGUUUGAGCAGCGGUUCAAUGAGAUGUAUGCCCAGCCAGCGGCGCCAGUUGGCGAGAAGGAUCUGGUGAAUCGUCGGGAUAUGCGCAAGCAAUGCGUCUUCACAAUCGAUCCACUGACUGCCAGGGAUCUCGAUGAUGCGCUCUCCAUUGAGCAACUGGACGAGAAUAAAUACCAAAUUGGUGUUCACAUAUCGGAUGUGUCGCACUAUCUGGAGGAGAAUAGCGAGCUGGAUAACAUUGUCAAGAAGCGUUCCACAUCGAUCUAUUUGGCCAAUGAGGUCAUCCACAUGUUGCCACAGCCGCUGUGCUUCCGUUGCUCCCUGCUGCCCGGUGAGGAUAAAUACGCCUUCUCCGUGUUCUGGUACAUGGAUGCCAAGGGCAAGCAAUUGGAUAAACCAGUUUUUACACGAUCGGUGAUUAAUUCGUGUACACAAUUCGCCUAUGAGCAUGCCCAAAAGAUUAUCGAUAAUCCCGGCGAGCAAUUCACUGCUGAUGAUUUUCCCAGCAUACUCAAUGGAUUCAGUGUCGAGGAUAUUGUCAAACGGGUGACCUGGUUGAAUGCCAUUGCAAGGAAUAUGCGCAGCGAGCGCUUCGUCAAUGGCGCUUUGACCAUCAACAAUGCCAAGGUGCGCUUCAAUCUGGAUCCGCUUAGCGGUGAACCCAUCGGGUUUGAGCUGGAGAAGCAACGCGAGGCGAAUCACAUGAUCGAGGAAUUUAUGCUGCUCGCCAAUCAGGCAGUUGCUCGCUUUAUCCACGAUGCCUUUCCGAAUAUUGCCAUUCUGCGCCAUCAUCCGCCGCCGUUGACCAAAUCGCUGAAAGCCUUGCGCGAGAAACUCCUCUCGCGGGGCUACGAUCUGGAUUACAGCUCCUCGAAGAGUCUGCAGGCGAGCAUGCAACGUUUGUGCAACGAGGCAAACGAUCCCGUUGCGAUGACCGCCUGCCUCAGCCAGCUGCUGAUGAAGCCCAUGGCACGCGCCAACUACUUUUGCAGCGAGGGCAAAACUGAGGCAUCGGAUUUGUGGCAUUAUGCGCUAUCCAUUCCCAUCUAUACGCACUUCACCAGUCCCAUUCGACGCUAUCCGGACGUGAUGGUUCAUCGUCUCCUUGCUGCUGGCCUCAACUACUGUCCUGCGCCUCAGCGCUCCACCGACGAACUGCAUCAGUUGACCAAAUUGGCCAAUGAUCGUAAAUAUAAUGCCAAACUGGCUGGCGAUGAGUCGGGCAAUUUGUUCUUCAAGCGCUAUGUGAGCAAUCGCCAGGCGAUCUAUAUGCGUGCCGUUGUCAUCGAGAUCUUUCAGCAUAUGAUGAAUGUGGUCACCUUGGAAUCGGGCCAUGUGAUCAGCAUCAACUAUAAGAUGCAACGUGUUCUUAUCGAUACGCACAAUGUACCUAAUUUUAUUAUGGUUGCGGAACGCAAUUUGCAACAGAAGCCAACAAAAUUGGAAUUGCUAUCGGUGAUUCCAAUUCGAUUAAUUAUUUGGGAUGGCAAAUUAACGGGAUUUCUGCUCUCUGCCGAGCAGCGUUUGAAGGGACCCAGCAUGGAGCAACCGCUGAAGGAUAACAAAAAGAAACAACAACAGCAGCAGCAGCAACAACAAAAAUCCCAAAAACAACAACAAAUCUGCUAAAAAUUCACACUUGGAAAAUGCUCAAAGGCAACAACAACAACAUCAAACACAACGUGUUUUUUCGCUGCGCAGAAGCAGCUCCUAAGUGUGAGAGUGAGAGAGAGAGAGAGAGGGAGAGUGAGAGAGAUGGCACACACACACAUGUACAGUGAUCACACUUUCUCUAAUUUGAUUUUAAAUUUUGCAUUCAAUGCAUUUUCUGCGUGAUGGACAAGUGCGCAAAAAUUAAUCGACUUCUCGAAUCGAUAAACAAAAUUACAAUUUCUUUCAAAAUUUUUUAAAUACAUAUUUCACUUUUGAGUCCAAAUUUACAGUGAAAAACUUGAUUAUUUUACUACUACUAGGGCCUGUAUUUUGUUUUUAUAUUGCACUGUUUAAUGCAAAAAUGUUAGUUUGCGAUGUUUGAUUUGUUGCACAGUGUGUUGAAUGCUCACACAACAGAAAGCUGGCUGAUAUAGUAAACUUCCAGCAGCGACACCUUGUGGAAAAUUAAUAGAACUGGCUGCGUGCCGAAAUCAAUUCGAGAGAACUCACCCAGUUAAUAUAAUACUACGUUGAGUUAAGCGAAAAUAAAGGUAACAAAAAAUGUA